AUGAGCGGGACAUCGCGCAGCCGCGCCGCCGCGCCGCGCGAGCAGAUCGGCGUGGCAAAUAGGAGGCUCGGCGGGGACGAGCUGCUCGACCUGCUAGGCCUCCGUAGCCGCCGGGAUGUGGAGAACGUGGACCCCGAAGCGGUCGUUCAUAAGGCUUCGAGGGAUCCGGCCGCGCUCGCCAGGGCGCUCCGGGACGAGAGCGUGACGACGUGCGCGCACAUCGCCAGGAACGGUACCGGCAAUCGAUCCAGACGGCCGAGGCUGCUGCGGGCGGUGCACAGGGGACACGAGAGGCGAGCGACGUCGUCCACGUUGUACUGCGGCGAGUGCGAGGACAGACUGGUGGCGAAAGGGCUGGUGGACCCCGAGCGGGCUCCCGCGCUCGCUCCGCCGCGUGUGUCGGCGAGAGGUCCGGCGCGUGUGUCGGCGAGGACCGAGACGGACCCUCCACCGUCGGAGGAGGAGGAGGGGUUCUCGGAGGAGACGGAGCGGAUGCUGAAGGCGAGGAGGCGAAGCAGGUUGGCGCUGCUCGAGGCGCAGCUCGCGCUCGUGAAAAGGAUGGAGGGUCGCGACACCGCCGAGUCCAACGCGGAGUCCAACGCGGCGCCGACUACGCCGGCGCGGGAGCAACCCGGGGAGGUACCCGAGCCGAAAGACUCCGAGCGCGCCGAGCCGGAGGGCGCGGUGUCGACGCAUACCCCGCGGAGAGCCGGGACCCGGCGGAAGCCGCGGACGCCGAUCGCGUCUCCCGGGGCGGACAGGAUGCACGAUGCGCUCGUGGCCGGGUCGAUGUCCGACACCUCGCUGCUGGCGGACAUAGAGCGACUGAUGCGAAUGUCCUCCUCGGCGGAUGCCGCGCCGGCAACCCCGGGGGAGGUUUACGAGUUGAGCCCGUCUCCGUCCAGAUGA